GUCGUUCUCUCUGGCCCCGAGGGCUCCUCCUGCGAGGUGUACCUGUUUGGCGCCACCGUGACGUCCUGGAAGUCGCAGGGCAAGGAGCGGCUGUACGUCAGCUCUCUGGCCAAGCUGGACGGCACCAAGGCGGUGCGCGGCGGCAUCCCCCUGGUGUUUCCGCAGUUCGGCCCCGGAGCACUGCCGCAGCACGGGUUUGCGCGCAACACGACGUGGGAGCUGGUCGACAGCAAUGACCACGGGGCCAGCGCGGUGGCGCGGUUCCGGCUCACCGACUCUGAGCAGACGCGCCUUAGCAAGUGGCCGUACAAGUUCUCGAUCAUCUACACUGUGGAUCUGACCGCGACGACCUUGUCGACGAUCCUGCAGUUUGCCAACACGGAUGAGAAGCCGUUCGAGUUCACGUCGCUUCUGCACACGUACUUUGGCGUGCCGCACAUCAGCGAUGCUGUGGUCGAGGGGCUCAAGGGCGUGGAGUAUGCAGACAAGGUCCUGGGCACCGAGAGCGUGGAGGAGCGCGACCUGGUCUCCAUUGACAGGAACGAGGACCGCGUGUACAGGGAUGUGCCGGGCGAUGUGUGUGUCCGGUAUGGGGGCGAUGCGGUACGGCUGAAGCGGUUCAAUUUCAAGGACAUUGUGCUCUGGAACCCGUGGGCCGAGCUGGCCAAGGGCAUGGGCGACUUUGCUGAUGCCGAGUACGUCAACAUGGUGUGCGUGGAGGCCGGCACGGUGGCCAGCGCAAUCAAGCUGGCGCCCGGAGAGACUGCGUCGUAUGGGCAGCUGCUGACGGUG